GUGUGAUGGCGUCGUGCCCUGAGGCCUGCAACUCAGGGUCUGGGUGUGGGACAGGGUCCUCAGGCAGUGAGGUGAGAUUGGAAUUACACAUUUAUACACUUGUACUAUUAUUUGGUUCAGGAUGCCAAGAUUACUCACCAUGGAAUGAUGUUUGAUUGGGAAUAUCCAUUCUACAUCUUCUGUUUCUAUGGUUACCUCCCACAGGUAGGUUCUAGCUGUGCGUGUCUGCAGUUUGGGGUGCGUUCCUACCUGCACCACUUCUAUGAGGGGUGCAGCACUGCGUCAGGGUGGGGAGGACGUGAGGAGAGGGGAGGCCUAGACGGGUGGUCUGGAGGGUGGUGAGAGAGACCCUGAGAGUGAGGGGACAUCAGACCUCUGAGUCGCCCAGGAGGUGAGCUCGCGAAUCUGGAAGGUAGAUAACUAACGUGCAACUUCAUGAGGUGAGCUGUCUGGCAGUAAACUGAGAGGGGUGAUCAGCUAGAUGCGAUCGGAUGAGCUAUGCAUCGUCGCUAUGCUACUUCGCAGUCUCUAGUAAUAAUAGAACAGAUGGUUAGGGAGUCCGAAAUUUUGAGAUCUGCUCUGGUCGAUGGUAUCGCAUAGGUGCUCGAGGAGUCGCGUGAUAAAUGAUCCAUAGGUACUAGGGAAGGAGGCAUGUGAAGGAUAAGGAAUGUUGACAGACAAGGAUAGCGAAGUGCACGUAAGAAUGCUAAGGACUUCGAGGACGAAUGUCAGUCACCAUAAUUCUGACUUAGCGUACUGCAGUGCCUGCAGCUGAUGAUAUUCCUUUUCUCUCUCUCUCUCUGUCUCUCUCUCCCUCCCUCCCUCCCUCCCUCCCUCGCAAUCUCUCUCUCUCCUUUUCUCUGCUUUCCCCCUCUUCUCUCUCUCCCACCCCCUCUUUCCCCUCUUUCCCCCCUCUUCUCCUCUCUCUCCCUCUCCCCACCCCCUCUUUCCCUCCCUCUCUCCCUCUCUCUCAGGUCUCUCUGGCCCUUGGUCUCCUGAUGGUGACCUGUGGUCUGGUCAGUCUGUCAGUGGGCUACUCAGGCGCCACCAGGAUCGAAUCCUUCGGGGAGGGGGACCUCCUCUUCAUAGACACACAGGCUGUCAGCUUUAACAGGGGGCUGCACCACCGCGUCGUGGCCGGGAUCGGUCUCACCUGCCUGGGAUCGGGUCUGACCGUGGCAGGCCUCCUUCUCUGGUCCUUCUCCAGGAGCCGAUUGAAAGAGAGGCUACAUCAGAGGGAGAGGGUGAAGAAGGGAGGGGUGGAGUGUGGAAGGAAGGGAAGGACAGAGGGGGGGGGCACAGGGAGAGGCUGUUAUGAAGGCCCCUGGAGCAGGGGAGGGGAAGGGAAGGUGCCGGCCACCCUGUCCAAAGUGGAAACGGUCCAGCCAUCAGGAAGAGAGUCCCCA